AUGCCAGACAACCCCAUCUUAGACCAUGGUUACGCGAUCUCGAUUGCUCUUCGCCUUGAUGAGGAGCACUGCAGGGGUCCGAGGCUAUGGCGCUUACACGCCUCAAUGAUUCACCGGCCGGGCGUUCGGAAGAUCAUUGAAGCAACAGUGCGGCGCACCCCAGUGAACGACGGUUGCAGUUUUGAGUUACUCCUGAAAAGGUUGGGGGCUAGGCUCAGAACCUAUGCAAAGGAGGAGAGCAAAAGGGUGAAGGAAACAUUGCAGCAUCUGACCAGCACCGUGGCUCUGCUGAAGCAGGAGAUGAUGCGAAAUCCAGACUGUACGGUCACGAGAACAUUGCUGGAGGCGAGGGAGACGAAGCUGAAAGAAUAUAACACCUCACGUACUGAGAGACUGUAUCUUCAGGCUGGACUUACGGCGGAACUCACCGGGGAGCUCGCCUCAAAGCACCUGUUGGCGAAGGUUCGGGCGCGGAAAGCUCGCACUCAGAUCAAGGAGCUUAAAGUUGGUGCAGGAAGGGUGACUGGCUCACAGCAGAUCUUGGAUGUAGCCUCCGCCUUCUUCAGGAACAUCUUCGGCAAAGAUCGCCGUACUGAUUUCUCCGACUGGAACCUCACCUCACUUCAGCGGCUAGACGGCGCGGUGGCAGAAAUUCUUUCGGCCGACUGGACUGAGCAGGAGGUUAAAAGGGCGUUCGCCGCGAUGGCAAAGAACAAAUCACCCGGCAGCAACGGUUUGCCAAAAGAAUUGUUCGAAGCUCAUUGGGAUCUGCUGGGGGGGAGCUUCAUGGCCAUGGUGAGGAGUUUUGAGGCAUCUGCCACCCUGCCAUCGAAAACCAAGGAAGCGGUUACCAUAUUGUUACACAAGAAGGGGGAGAAAGACGAGCUCAACAACUAUCGCCCGAUCACCUUGCUUAAUUUCACUUACAAAGUCCUGGCGAGAGUGGUGGCGGACAGGAUAAAGUCGGUGCUGCACCUGGUCAUCUCCCCGGAGCAGUACGGCUUUAUGCCGGGGCGGCGCCUCUCUGAUGCGGUGCCUCUGGUGGCUGAUGUAAUCGAUGCUGCAAAAAAUGGCAAUGAGGACUGGUAUCUUCUCUUGGUGGACUUCCAGAAAGCCUUCGACUCGGUGUCGAGGGAUUUCUUGUUUGAAGUCUUGUCCCAAAUGGGUUUUCCGGAACGCUUCGUCGGCUGGAUCAGAGGCCUGCAUGAUAACACAUCAACGAAGUUGCUGGUCAACGGGUGGCUGGGGAAGGGAGUGGAAGUGGUGUCAGGCGUGCGGCAAGGCUGCCCGCUGGCUCCGUACCUCUUCCUCUGUGCGGUUGAGCCCUUGGCGCGGGAAGUGGAAAGACAAGAACUCGGGCUGUCCAAACAGGGCAUGCGUUUCAACUACCUCGGUUACGCCGACGACACGACGUUAGCCCUGCAAGGAGAGGAACAAAUCGUUAAGGUGGAGAAGGUGCUGGAUAGCUUUGAAAAGGUGUCGGGACUGGCAACUAAUAAAUCGAAGUCGGUGCUGUUGCCUCUUGGAGCGAACCUGGGUGCGAAAGGCGAUGGUUCGAGCUGCUUCAAAUGGGCUGACGCGGACGAAGCAGAGCGCCUGUUGGGAGUCUGGGUGACGCCCUCUGGCAGCGGUUUGCCAACCUGGGAGAAGGCAUGGACGCACAUAAUGGAGAAAUUAACUAAGUGGCAGCUGAAGUAUCUCACAUUAUCGGCCAUGGCUACGGUUGUCGACAGCUACAUCACCCCCUUAGUGACAUUUCAGGCGCAAGUUUACCCCCCACCUGCGGAAAUCUGGGAGGAGAUCAUCAGACUAUUACAAGGCUUCCUGUCGGGUAACCGGGUGGCGACAGUGAAGGGUUUCAUUAUCUGGAGCAAAACGUUGUUGUACACUCCAAGGGAGUCAGGAGGCUUCAGGGUGAAGGAUCCGGAGAUUAUGAUCACCUGCCUUGCCGCCAGGAGAGUGGGACUCUAUCUUACGGAGCGGAAUCCUCUGAAAAAGGAGAUCAUGAGGCAGGCGGCCGAUCUGCCCCUGGGCGAUGACAAUUUCUCUUCGCACGCAACCCUGCUGAAACACUGGGAAGGGAGGAGCGCAAGAUGGAAGCAGACAUGUGAGAAUUUUAUCAAUUCACUGCUCUACACCCGACCUGCGGCAGACAGCAGAGAGGCGGUACUGAGGGAACGGCUGGUUUUUAACGGAGCAUCGUUGCUACGGACACCUAUCGGUGGGCAAAAGGAUAGUAAGGGUUUAUGGAAGGUGCGUGUCGGCGAGCUGCUGGAGACGGAUGGCAGCGGAGAAUUCGUGCUCAAACAACAGAGGUCGCUGUCGCAACAGCUUGGCGGAAGCGGCCCUGCAAGGUUAGAGGUGAAGGCGCCGCUCACCCUGCCAGCGUCGUGGCUGCAGUUGCUGGGUUUUGCUUCAGUCCCCCCGUGCUCGGCUGACUCUAACCCCAAGCUGAACAUUUUGGAGGGAGGGGAGGUGAUUUCCAUCAGGAGAAUGAGGGAGUGCUGGAAAGGGGCAUACCAGGAGUCGAGCAAACGGGAGAAGUGGGUGAGAAGAUGGGGGAGGUCGAUCAAUUGGAAGCGGGUGGUUACGACACGAGACUCACUCGCGGUGCCCAGCAGUCCACGUGACGUUCUCAUCCGCAUCCACGGCCUGAAUCUGCAGGUGGGGGAGCGGCUUGCAUUCCUCAGCGGGAAACCGGUUUGUCCUUACUGUGCAGAGGCAGCAGCACCAGUACCACCAGCAGCACCAGCAGCACCAGCAGAAGCAGAAGCAGCAGACGAGGCAGCGACGCGGUCCCUCCCCCUGCCGGCCUUCCUCCUCCGUCUCUCCGCCUCUUCCGCCACGGCAAGGCGCAGGUUCAGUGCAUGCAACUGCUUCAGCAAUGCCUCUUUCCCCGCCCUCAACUCGAGCAGGGACUCAUGCUCCUGGCCUGCCCCACCCCCCAUCCGUCCCUCCUCCUCCCACCCAACCACACUCACUCCCACUCCAUCUCCCUUGGCCGCUCGCUCAAACCCUUUCCUCUCCUCCUCCUCCCUCCUAUUUUCUUCCUCUCUGAUCUUCUCCUUCUCUCUCCUCUUCUCCUUGUCUCUUUUCUUCUCUUCCUCUCUCCUCUUCUCCUCCUCUCUCCUCUCCUCGUCAUCUCUCCUUUCUCCUCCUCUCUCCUCUCCUCCUCCUCUCUCCUCUCCUCCUCCUCCUCCUCUCUCCUUUUCUUCUCCUCUCUCCUCUCCUCCUCCUCUCUCCUCUCCUCCUCCUCUCUCCUCUCCUCCUCAUCUCUCCUCUUCUCCUCCUCUCUCCUCUCCUCCUCCUCUCUCCUCUUCUCAUCUCUCCUCUUCUCCUCUCUCCUCUUCUCCUCAUCUCUUGUCUUCUCCUCUCUCGUCUUCUUCUCCUCUCUCCUCUUCAACGCAAUGA